CAACACUCCCCCAUAUCGAGCACCAAAUACAACAAGACUUUUAAAUACUUUUUGCCAAAUAGUCAUAACAUUCACUUUUCAAUAAUUAGUCGGCGCCAUAGUACAGCAUAGAGUAAUGGUUAUAUAGCAUGUAGCUCCAUUGUGCACCUGGUUGAGGACGUGGAAAUUUAUACACGUAUCCACCAGUAUAAAAAAAAGGCCGAUUGAAAAUGGUUCGGUGAAUCCAUUAUCACAAAAUGACAGUUAGUUGUCGAUUCUAUACACAACAAUCUAAGCGACCAUAUGUGGUGUGUUCACGCGUACCAUUCUUACUGCAGUAUUCACCAUGUAGAGAUCUACCACAGUUCUGGGGUAUUUUGCAGCAAUCGAGGCUUUCAGUCAAGAACCGGAUUCACUAUAGUUGUGGAGGCAAUACCUUUUGAAGUUGCUAAAGGUCAAAAUUAUCAUCAUCGGGUUUAUUCUACUGUUCACAGACGCAUAGCAACGCCGGGUAUUGUACUGUACAUCGGCCAUUGAGUGGACAACUCGUCUUCGGAAUACCAGCUUCAUUGUAAACGCUUCCGCGUACUGCCAUUUUGUUGCCAUUCAAAAGAACGUGUAUGAAGUACAGCGUGGAUUUACACUGACAUUUUAAUAUUUUGGACUAUGGUUGAUGCAUGGAGGUUCCUCAUCCAUCCACAUUUUGAUGAGUGUGGCCUCUGCAAUCGCUCGCCUGCAAAAUUAACGCACAGUCGUGUGUAGACUUGAACUCAAGUCUGAGACUGGUUUAUUAACCAGUCAAGUAAGGUGAGAGUUUAUUGUGUUUUUCCGGAUGAAAUAUUUGUGGUGAUAGAAUGAGUGUCAAGCCACAGGAACUUAAGGCGUUGGAGAACAUCCCGUUGGUUGGUAGUCAAUUCCUAACUGCGGAUCAUGGCGGUACGGGGUCAUCUCCGGAAAACGGCAGGAAAGGAGACUACGACGACCGUGCUCACGAACCGGACCAUCCGCUCCACAGGCGAGCGAUCACGCACAUCCUAUUCUUCGAGACGUUCAUAUCAAUCGCUUUUCUGGGCGUUCGGGAGGCCAUUGUUCUGUACUGUAUCAAUGUGCUGUUUUAUGUCGAUGGGGGCGCCCCGAAGAUGAUAGACGUGUAUGCAGCCGUUGUGCCGUGCCUGCCAGUCUUCGGGGGUAUACUGGCCGAUGUUCUCGCUGGGAGUUUCCGGAUGAUCAAGAUUGGAGCCUUCACUACUUUAGCAGGUGUGCUUCUCUUAACGUUAGAUGUGGUCCCAUUCGAGAAUUGGUACGCUCGAACCAUCUCCAUCCAGGCGAAGAGGGGUGUCUUUCUCGUCGGUUUUACGGCGAUGUUUCUUGGCUAUGGCUGCUACGGAGCGAACGUUGGGCCGUUUGCUGCCCGUCAAGUUGAACAGGCUGGAGAGAAGGCUGUCAGGACGCUGUUUCAUUGGUUCUACUGGUCUACCACGUUUGGUCUGGCCGUAUCUCUACCCAUUGCAGACUACGUAGAGAGGGCCUUCAACUUCGGUGUCGGCUUUGGAGUCCUUUCCGCAUUACUAAUCAUUGGCAUCAUCGUGUUAAUGUCUCUGAGACACGACUACGUCGAGAUUCCGCCUCAGAGAGAUGCCCUCACAAAUGUUGUCAGGAUAAUCUUCCAAAGUCUCAAGAAUCGAUUUUCAAGCAAAGAAGUCACGGACGACAAACAGAAACCGAAAGGCACGCUCGAUCACUCCAAGCAAGAAUUUGGCGGGAGUUUUUCCCGCCUAAAGGUCGACGAAGUGAAGCAUCUGCUGAAGACACUACCUGCUUUUCAUACAGUUACAAUCUACGCCGUUGUUUAUUUUUUUAUCAUUGAAACAUACUUAGAGCAGUACAAGAGGCUCAAUCCAUACUUCGGCGAAAUCGGCAAUUCGGGCAUGAUGCCCAACGUGUUUUACCCGGUGUACGGCUCCGUGGUUGUGCUGGUUCUCACACCAGUCUUAUGCUACACCUACCCAUGGCUGCAGAGAAAAGGCUUCAAAAUUACCCCAUUAAGGAGGAUUGGAGUCGGUAUUUUCUUCUCCGUUCUCUCCGUCGUCUCAGCGAGCCUGGUGGAGUUCCGACGCAAGGACGUAAUGAGCCUCGACGGCGGGACAUUUAACUUGACAGACACAGUAACCGGUGACGUGUACAGGGCGUCGACCCUGCACUGCGGCUCGCAACUCCCGCAGUUCACGUUCAGCGGAGUCGCCGAAGCUUUCAUCCGAGUGGCUGGAUUGGAGUUUGCCUAUUUGGAAGGACCGGAUAAUCUGAAGGGACUGUCGACGGGGCUGUACAUCCUCAUGUCGGGGGUCGGUAGCUACAUAUUGGCGAGGAUCCUCGUGCUUAUUGUUAAUGCAUUAUCGACAGCAAGCCCUUGGUAUGUGUCGGAAAUAAACGACGGACACAUGGAGUACUUCUAUUUGAUUCUGGCUGGUGUCCUGCUCUUCGAUAUGCUAUAUCUCUACCUCAUAUCCAGAAAUUACGACUAUGCUCACUGGCGUGAACGUGCUGCACAGGAGGGAGGCUACCCAGGGAACGAGGCAGUCACACCGGGCUACUCACGGGUUGCGGAAACCAGUUCAGGAAGUGAUGCCGAUGCCUCACCGACACGAAACAUUGAGGGCGCUCCAAAAUAAAACAAAAUGGCAGACUAUAAUGUGCAAUGGGCUAUAUAACUGGGGACUUUUGGGACGCUAGGUGGCAGUAUAAAUCAGUUUAGGAAAUUUAUGCCGAUGCCUCACCAUCACGAAACGUUGAGGGCGCUCCAAAGUGAAAUUAAUGGCAGACUACUAAUGUGCAAUGAGCUUUAAUUUGGGUAACGUUGCAUGCCCAGAACUACGUAAAAUUUUUUAUUUAAAAAAACUCCAACACAAUCAGCCAUUUUUGUCUGUCUCUCAAACAAUCAUAGUAACCAAAACGAGGUUGUGGUAAUAGAGCAUAGACCUUUUCGCAAAUACCCAUUGCGCAAGCGUCAACUGUUCAAACUUGAUCGCUAGCUAGACCAGCAUGCACCUCAUGCCACGCCUAACGCGCGCGUACCAAGUAUUUACGAUAAGUCAAUGGUAACCUCUUGCUUAAGUUGACCAAUAUUAAUUUGAACAUUAAUUUGUCACUAUCCUUGUAUUUAUUUAAGUUAACAGUUUUUUGAACACCUUUCUGGCUAUGAAAUAUAAUUAUUAUGUUUUUCAUAAAAACAAGAACCCUUACUAAUUAUUUGUUAUGAUAUUAACUAUAAUUUGUAAAUGGUGAAAAGAAUAAACAAACAUACAAUUUAAUUAUGUUAACAAACGGAGCUAUACUAUUUCCCAAGUGUGAAAUUUAUUGGUGUCCACAGAAAACUGAAAAAGAAAUAGGCCUAUUA